AUGUUUUAUAGAAAUAAACAUACAACGGCACCGCCGUUGAGCAUGCUAACACAACUCUACAAUGAGGUUGCCAACAGUUCAUUAGCCAAUCUUAGUCUGGAGCAGAAUGGAAGAAUUAGGGAGGCUUCAGCUGGAUGGGAGAUGCUUCAUGAGUCAUUUGGGCCUAAGUUUGAUAGCGCUCGUAUUGAAUAUGACAGCAUCGAUCUUAUAGAAGAGGAGUCUUUCCUCAUGGACGAAAUAUCUGUUUUGCAAGCACAGGCAGACGACCAUAUGGAGAGGUUGAGAAAACAGAUACAGAGGGAAACGCCUCCAAAGCCUCCACCUCACAGACCAUCUUUACAACAAAAUACGUCUGCAAAUUCACAUUCAUUUCAUUCUGCUUCCCCGGUGCUAACAUUGAGAUCCAAUAACCCAAGAAAGAACUCAAAAUCUCUGCUGAAGACACUCAGAUCUGGCGCCAGUGGUAGUAUCAGCGCAAAUGAAAGCCAGUCUCUUUCAUCACAAUCAUUGCAUUCACAUUCACACUCAAACUCUAAUUUAUCCGGUUAUUCUUCCUCUGCCAAAUGUGCGGCUAAUCUUAUAUGGUCUCCGUCAAGCAGCCUGACAACAGGACACUCCUAUUCUUCUGCCAAUCAGCAGCAACAGCAAAAACAACAGCAAGAUCCCUUUGAAAACUUUGAUUCAGAUUUUGUUACUGAAGGAGAGGCAAAACAGGAGACCAUGCAGAAACUUCGGCGCCAAGGAAACGCUUCUAAAGCCAAUAGGAAGAUAGCCGGUCAGGCAAACGAAGAUUUGAUUGAUUUGGCGGAUCAGCUAUCUUCAUUUUCGAUGGAUUCCAACCAAUCCCAGCAAUUUCAAGAUUAUUCAUCGCAGAAGAAAACAUCGUCUCAGAGAGCGCAGGCCGCAUUACAGAAAUCUGCAGCAGUUAGGUUGAAUAUUCCUCAACCAAAGGCUACAAAGUCUCCAAAGAAGGUGGUUAGACGUUCUCAGAUAGUCAAUCAAAAUCGUAAUAUGCGGUAUAAUCAUUCAUCAUCUCGAUUGGCUACUUCAAACCGAUCCCGGAGGCCUCCUAAAGCCGAAUCUCCCAAGAAGGAGCUGGUAUUAAACGAAAACUUUACAAAAGAUACAGAGACUUUGGGUAGUGAUGAAGACAAUUUAACAGAUUCUAAGAAAAAUCAGGAAAAGCUUAUAAAAUCAUUGAAGGGAGUUGAUCCGACUGCUGCGCGGCAAAUUCUCAACGAGAUUGUUGUAAAUGGAGACGAGGUCCAUUGGGAAGAUAUUGCCGGCUUGGAGGAGGCCAAAAAGUCGUUGAAGGAAACGGUGGUUUAUCCGUUCUUACGACCAGAUUUGUUUAGUGGGCUUAGAGAACCAGCUCGUGGUAUGCUUCUUUUUGGACCGCCUGGUACAGGUAAGACCAUGUUGGCCAGGGCAGUUGCUACAGAGUCGCAAUCGACAUUCUUUUCGAUAUCUGCCUCUUCUCUCACCUCCAAAUACUUGGGUGAAUCCGAGAAAUUAGUGAGGGCUCUUUUCCAGUUGGCAAAACGGCUAGCCCCAUCAAUUAUCUUUGUAGAUGAAAUUGACUCACUCUUGGGAACGAGAAACAACGAUAGUGAGAACGAGGCUUCGAGAAGAAUUAAGAACGAAUUUCUGAUACAAUGGUCAGAUUUGACUAAGGCGGCUGCUGGUAAAGAUCAAGGUGAAGAUGUUCAGAGAGUUUUGGUCCUUGCUGCCACAAAUUUACCCUGGACGAUUGACGAGGCUGCAAGAAGAAGAUUUGUUAGAAGACAGUACAUACCCCUUCCCGAGAAAGACACUCGAAGGGCACAAAUUGAUAGACUGAUGUCGCAUCAGAAACAUUCGCUUUCAGAAGAAGACAUGAAUGAGCUUCUGCAACUUACCGAGGGAUUUUCCGGUUCCGAUAUUACAGCUUUGGCUAAGGAUGCCGCAAUGGGCCCGUUAAGAGAGCUAGGAGACAAGCUUUUACUUACUAGUAAGAGUGAUAUAAGACCGCUUCAACUGAAGGAUUUUGUUAGCUCAAUGAAAUAUAUAAGACCGAGUGUUUCUAAGAGAAACUUGUCGCAUUUUGAAGAGUGGGCUAAAGUUUAUGGAUCUAGCGGUGCUUGA